AUGUCGCCGUUUCCGGAUGAGAUUCUAGCAAACAUUCUUUCCCGAUUGCCUGUUAAGUGUCUGCUCCGUUCAAGGUGUGUAUCUAAACCCUGGCUUGCCCUAAUCAGUAGUUCCUAUUUUAUUAAAUUGCAUCUGAACCGAUCAGUCCAAACCAAGAGCAACCUCGGCCUCCUCAUGUGGAAAGGCAAUUCCUAUAGGGUGAACAAUGAUUCUCUCGACAACGGCGUUCUUCAACCUAUAGAGGUUGAUAACCAUCCCUUGAGGUGUUAUAAGAAUUUUGGGACCUUUGGGGAUCCUGUAGUCUCAGUGGUGAUUGCAAAAGAUGCUAGAGGAGGAGACGCCUGUUUUGAGGUUAAAGUUUAUAGUUUGAAAUCAAAUUCCUGGCGUAAGUCAGAGAAUUGUCUUCACUGUCCGGACUUGAUAAGUACCGGAGGUUCAAUAGCAGGGGGAGCUAUGCACUGGAUCUCAAAUGUGAUAUCAGAUUCAGAAAAGGAAAGCUUGAUUGUUGCCUUUGAUUUUAGGACAAAGAAAUAUAGAUUAAUUCCACAACCAGAGUUUCGUGGUCUUAAUUCUUAUUUAUAUUUGGAUAAUUUAAGAGGAUGUCUCUCGUUAAGUUGUCAAUACCAAUCGAUGAAUGUGGAUUUGUUUUUGUUGAAGGAAUAUGGCGAGAAUAGUGAAUAUUGGUCGAAAUUUGUUACAAUGUCACCUAUAACUCCCUUUGGAAUUGUUCACGUUGUGAAACCUAUUGCCUAUUCAAAAAGUGGUAAAAAAGUACUCUUAGAAGUUUAUUUUCAGAGGUUUGUUUGGUAUAAUUUAGAGCAGGAGUCAGUUGAGGAAAUUAAGGUUCAUGAUAUGGAUGAUUACUUUGAAGUUUUCACUUGCAUGGAAAGUCUCGUCUCUGUCAAUGUUGCAGCAGAUGUAACCAAUGCUAAUGCUAUGAAGAAUCUUCAUGAAAAAGAGGAAAAUAAUAUGAACAAUUCUUUUAUCGAAGGGGCUCAAAAGAUGUCGCUGAUACCAGAUGAGAUUCUAGCUGACAUUCUUUGUCGGUUGCCUGUCAAGUGUCUGCUCCGUUUAAGGUGUGUAUCUAAAUCAUGGCUUUCCCUAAUCAGUAGCUCCCAUUUCGUUAAGUUGCAUCUGAGCCCCAUUUCGUUAAGUUGCAUCUGA